GGAUGUUAAUUGUUGCAUGAGCGGAUGAUUAGAAGGCGGAUAGAGGUCCGGUGAAUACAUGACAUGGUUAGGUAUCUUAGACAUGAAGCAUGCUUGUACGUACUGUAGAACGAAUUAAACUGCGAUAAAGACAAAGAAUGAAUGAUGCUGCAGGGUUAUUUUUAGCAACCUCAUGAUGGAUGCUACAACAUUGAAGGUAUUAUGCAGCUUCAGCUUCAGCUUCCUUUGUAUCUUGUUUCCAUCUGCAUGCCAACUGCUGCUCUCCCACGCAAGGUACGCCACGUUACGCUGCAUCUACACCGGCAUUCAGCUUCAGCGAACAAUCCUAUGCAGCCACGUCUAUUUCCUAGGGCGCCAUUACCGCUUGUUUAAUUUGGUAUUUAUAUCUCGGCGCAUCUGACUGCAGCAUGCGCGAGGGCACAGGUAGCCGCUGAUAGGAAAGUUG